AUGACAAGCUUACAGGAGUCAGCGCCAUUGGAAAAUGGCUCAAGAAAGAAUUCGAGCAUCCAGAAUCAGGUCGCCGACGCCAACCAAGGUGAACUUUGCAAUGAAUCUGCAAGCUCCGCAGCUAAAUUUCGUAUAGAUGGCCCCUAUCCAAGGGGAUACCCUGAGCUUGCAGCAUUCAUGAGAAGUGAUCCUGAAAUCGGCAUAUUUCGGCGAUUUGAUUAUCUCCAUCUGCGAGAACUGCUGUACUUGCAGGAAGAGCUCACCCACUUGGAGGAGCAGUUGCACACGAUCGACAGAACUGAACCGAUAGAGAUCAACAAUAUGAGUCGGCGGCUCGACAGCAAUGAAGAGCGGAAGAAAGUAAUUUCAGAAAUUAGGUUACUAGUAACCUAUGACCGAAUCGUCAAUUUGAACUCGCCAACGAAAAGAAAUAUUCGUCAUUUCCGUCGAUGGCUAGACAGUAGGAACCCCGUAGUUGCAGAGGAAUCGACUGUCUAUCACAACGAACGCGAUCUUUGCACUACAUAUGCAUGUGUCUCAGAUUAUUCAUCACUAGAGACAUCUGAUCACCGAUGGGAUAGCAAUCAAGUUCAAUACGCAUCUGACAGUCGCAUCCGCAAGGCGGCAAAGCUGACAGCCGUUAUUGGAGCCUCUUCCUCGCUUCUCGUUCCCAUUAUCGUUCUAUACUUCGUGCAUGCUCAGUCUACCCGGCUACUUUGCAUUGCUCUCUUCACUAUCUCUUUCUCCGCACUACUGGCAAUUUUCACUAAAGCCAAGAGCUCCGAAAUAUUUGCUGCAACUGCUGCGUAUGUUGACGAUUCAAAAUAA